AUGGCACCCUUGAAGAAUAUCGCACUUGUUGGUGCAAGCGGCGACAUUGGCAAAAUCAUCCUUGGUGGCCUGGUUACCUCAUCCAGUUUUGACAUCACGGCAAUUUCGCGCAAGGAAAGCAAAGCCGUCUUUCCCUCGGGCGUUGUUGUCCACAAGAGCGACUUCUCAGAUGCGGAUCUGGAGGCUGCCUUCAAGGGCAAAGAUGCCGUGAUUUCAGCACUAGGUGCAACUGGAUUCGGCGAGCAAAAGAAACUUGUCGAUGCAGCCAUUCGUGCUGGGGUCAAGAGAUUCAUCCCAUCUGAGUUCUCGGCGAAUAGCCAGAAUGAUACGGUGAUUCAGCUUCUGCCACUGUUUGGCCAGAAGAAAGAACUCAUCGAAUAUCUGAAGAGCAAGGAAGUUGACGGAUUGACCUGGACCGGCAUUGCAACUUCUGGCUUGCUUGAUUGGGUAAGGCCUGGAGAGAGGUUUUUGCAAUUCCAGCUUGCCAGUCGCACGGCUACCAUCUGGGAUGGUGGCCACAAAAAAUUCACCCUCAUCAAUGAGAAGCCCCUUGGUCAAUCGGUUGUAUCUGUUCUACAGAAUCCCGAGCAAACUAAGAACAAGUAUCUUCAUGUCGCGUCUGUCGAGACCACUCAGCUAGAUAUCCUUGCGGCCCUCGAAAAGGCGACUGGAACCAAGUGGACGAUCGAGGAAACCACAACGGAGGCCCAGCUCAGUGAGGCGGCAAAGAGACUCACUGCCGACGAUUUCGAAGGCGCCUUCAUUUUAGUUCGAGCGACAGUGUUCGGCAACAGCCCGGGGCUCAACGCGAACUAUGUCAAGGAGACCGAACUGGCAAAUGACGUUCUGGGACUGAAGCUGGAGAGUGUGGAGGAGACCGUCAAUCGCGUUGUGAACAAUUAG